GCAUGGCAAUGGUUUGAUUCCUUUCUUAAAGGUCAGUCAUAUCAGGUAACAUGAAGGGGAUCCACAUCUGCUCUACACAGACUCUCCACUGGUGUCCCACACGGCUCAGUACUUGGUCUUCUUCUGUUCUACCUCUAUCCUCGAGCUCUUGAUGAGGUCAUAUCCUCAUAUGGGUUUUCAUACCACUGCUACUGUAUGCGGAUGCACUCAACUCAUCCUCUCCUUCCCUUCCUCAGACACUCAUGUUUCUGCUCAGAUCUCAGCAUGUCUGGCAAUGCAUCAGGUGAAACUUAACCCCAGCAAAACCGAACAUCCAGGUGAUUCAUCCCAUGUCAGGAUCUUGUGAUCUCCAUAAACAACUCUCCUUUCCUUCAGUCACUCACCUUGGGGUAACCAUGGACAAUCAACUGUCCUUUUCCUCUCGCGUUGCUAAUCUGAUGCGCUCAUGUUGAUUUCUCUUAUACACCAUCAGAAGGAUUCAGCAGAAGGUGCUUGUUCAGUCCCUUGUCAUUUCAAGACUGGACAACUGCAAGGUGCUCCAGGCAGGCUUGCCUCUGAGUGCCAUUUGACCUCUACAACUGAUUCAUAAUGCAGCUGCAUGACUUGUUUCCAACAUUCCUAAGUUCUCCCACACCACCUCAUUGCGACGCUCCCUCCACUAGCUUCCUGUAUCUGCCUCCUUGCCUACAAAGCCAAAAAUGGACCAGCACCCAGUUAUCUCAAAGCACUUAUCACACCCUGUACUGCACCAUGCUCCCUUUGAUCCUCCAGCACUGCUCAACUGGUCCCACCAUCUCUCAGGUUACAAGGGAGGCAUGCAUCAAAACUCUUCUCUGUUCUGACACCUAGGUGGUGGAAUGAACUUCCCAUAGAUUUCCAAACAGCUGAGUCACUGGCAGUCUUCUGGCAGUCUAAAGACCUAUGUCGUCCGGAAGUACUUAUAUUAGCACUUGAUUUUUUUUUUUUUUUUUUUUUUUUUUUAUCGGUGUGCUUUUCUUACUAUUUUACUAUUCUGUCCAAGAGAGUUUUUUGACUGAUGGUAUUCUCAGUUCAAGACCUAGUGAACUAGUAUGAAGAAGUAUUUAUUGAUAGUGACUUCAAAGCAAUUCUGUAAGUCACUCUGAAUAAGUAAUCCAUCCAUCCAUCUUCUAUACCACUUUAUCCUUUUCAUUGUCACGGGGAACCUGGAGCCUAUCCCAGGGAGCAUCGGGCACAACGCGGGGUACACCCUGGACAGAGUGCCAAUCCAUCGCAGGGCACAAUCACAUACACACUCACACACCCAUUCAUACACUACAGACACUUUAGACAUGCCAGUCAACCUACCAUGCAUGUCUUUGGACUGGGGGAGGAAAACGGAGUACCUGGAGGAAACCCCCACAGCACAGGGAGAACAUGCAAACUCCACACAACGUGGGAAUCGAACCCCCGAAACUGGAGGUGUGAGGCGAACGUGCGAACCAAUAAGCCACCAUGCACCCUGGAUAAGUAAUAAAUGCUGUAAAUGUAAAUGCGCAAAUGUAAGUGAUGCAACUGAAAAUUAAUUGAAAAAUACAAUGAUAUAUCUAGCAUGUAGCAGCCUUUGGCCAAUAUAAAAUCAUUUCUCCUUUGUUUGAAGUUCUAUCUGUGUUGUUUAGCUGUUACAAAAUGUUGUGUGUAGUAGAACUUGCCAAUUACAUCUUUAAACAGAUAGCAGUCAGUCAGAUACAUGAAUCACCUGUUUUCUUGUCAAAAGUUGCAUGAGAUGUACAGUGCUGUGAAAAAACAGAAGUGAUUUCUUCUGUUUUUGUGUAUAUCUCAUACUAGACAUGUUUUUGAUCUCCAAACAAAAAACAACAUAAAACAAAGGCAACCUGAGUAAACACACAAUACAGUUUUGAUUAUUUUUUUAAUGUAUUGAAGCAAAAAAAAAAUUCCAAUCCAGGGUGCAUUCCCACCCUAUACCCAGCGUUCAUUGGAAAGGCUCCGUGACCCUCACCAGGAUAAAGUAGCUACUGAAGAUGAAUGAACACAGAUCAAAGUUGGGGUACUAAUAAUCUGAGGGUUUUGGUGGAAUAUGUGAAAAAAUACUGAAAGGUACACUCUAACAGUGUUUCCUGAGUUUUUGAUCCCCGCUUGAAAAUAGCACAUACGAUUGUACGAUAAAUUAUUGUGCACGAUAAACACGAUAAAUGAUUGUGUAUCGGUUAUUCGUGCUUAUGCAAUUCUCCAGCUCUUUUUGCCCAGGAUGUUAUUAAAAGGUCACUGACCCAAACCUGAUACCACUUGGAUGUCACUCUUGAAGAGUGUGAAGACUGUGUAAGAAGCUAUUGCAAACAUCACAUAUUGAAGGCCAAGUGAUGGCAGAGAGUUGUAUCAAGUGUCCCUCUUAAACAGGCUUGUAUUUCAAAACAAAGAUGACAAUUGUUCUUAUAUGCAUGCAGGGGGUUCAGAUUCUUGUUUUGCAAAUUAGGUUAGGUUCUCAGAAAGGAAAUGUAUCCACAGUAUAAACAUACUCUUAUUGCAUAAAUUGACCUGAGCUGAUACACACACACACACACACACACACUUGCAGAGUAUGCUGAACAUACCCAUGUACUUACAAAAUCUUUGUACUGCAUCUUAUUCUUCACCACAAAUCUUGUCAAAAGCAUUUUGCAAGAAUGCAGUAGCUACACACUGAAACACUCUAGGCAGUGAUGUGCAGUCACAUAUUCAUCAACUCAUAUUUGCUUUCUGUGUUGAGCUAAUUGGGUCAAACGCUAAAGCUGCAGCAUCAGAGAGUUUAUAUCUCUUCCUUUAAUCUGAAAGCCACUAUAGUGUAUGAACAGGAAAUGGCUUCAUUUCUUAAGAACACACGCUUGAGAAAAGUUUUGAUUGAACCCCUUCAAAUAUGCAUGACCUUCAAAGAAAUUACUUUGUCAUUACAUUUCUUUUCAUUGUUGACACACUCUUCAUACAUGUAAGAGGGGAUGACCCAUCCACUGUACAGGAACCAGCCUCAGAACUGAAAUACGCAUUAAUAGGAAUAGGGAUCGGUGUAUUUCUCUCCAUCUGCUUCCUUGCAAUAAAGAUAUACAUGAUCAAAAGACACAUGCUGGACAAUGAACAGUCAGAGGAUUCAAUUAGAGGAUUUACACGAAGUAUUGAUGCUGAAAACAGGACCUGAUCAACGAAGCAAAACCUGUUCACAAAAGGGAUACGCUAUAGGGCUGAUCACAGAGUUUUAUGUUAUUUUUUAACGUUUGUAAUGUCUGUAAAGCAUGUGAUGUUAUUGUGUUAUUCCUAUUAAGGAAAUUAGGUCGUUUUGGUGCACGGUGGGUUAGUGGUUAGUACGUUUGCCUCACACCUGCAGGGCUGGGGGUUCGAACCCCGCCUCCACACUGUGUGUGCAGAGUUUGCAUGUUUUCCCCAUGCUUCGGGGGUUUCCACCAACAUGUGUUGUAGGCCGAUUAGCAUCUCUAUUUUGUUUGUUGUGUGUGUGUGCUUGUGCAAUGGGUUGGUACCCCAUCCAAGGUGCCCCCCCACUUUGUGCCCCGAGUCCCCUGGAACAGGCUCCAGGCUCUGCACGACCCUGUGUAGGAUAAACAGUGCAGAAAAUAGAUGGAUGGAAUUGGAAUUGAGCAAUUAGAAAACUACUAAUUACCCACACAGACGCACGGUGGCUUAGUGGUUAGCACGUUCGCCUCACACUGCCAGGGUUGGGGUUCGAUUCCCGUGGCUCUGUGUGUGCGGAAUUUGCAUGUUCUCACCGUGCUGUGGGGGUUUCCUUCCCCAGUCCAAAGACAUGCAUGGUAGGCUGAUUGGCUGAGUGUCUGUAGUAUAUAAAUGGGUGUGUGAAUGUGAUUGUACCCUGUCCAGGGUGUACCCUGCCUUGUGCCGGAUGCUCCCUGGGAUAGGCUCCAGGUUCCCUGUGACCCUGAAAAGGAGUAAGCAGUUGAAGAUGAAUGGAUAAUUAACACAGUUAAUACCUGGUUGCAUAUUAAUUAUUAUCUUUCUUUUUUUUACUGUAAAAUCAAAUUAUUUUGUUUUAUUUUGUUUAAUGUGUGAUAUCAGAUCCUUGUGAAUUCUGACUUGAAAAAAAAUCCUUGUGAAUUCUGA